AUGUUAGCAUUGAUUCGAACCAUUUUUUCGACGACCUUCUCCAUUUCUCGGUCAAUAUGGCAUUCCCUUGAUGUCGUAUUUCGUUUGUUCUCCAAUGCCUUCCGUGAUCGGAAACUCGAAAGAAGUGAUCCCGACGCCCUUGAUAUGCCUCCUGCGCCGGUACCUGAAGCCGGUGAUUUGAUUGCAACUGUAGACGAUCUGAACACUACGUCCAAUGUUGAAAUUAUCGAAGUGCGACGAUACUACCCUCCAGGGGUUUCAGAGAUUAUCGGUCGCGGUGGCGAGUCAUUUAUCGGUGUUCUUGACGAGUUCACCGUUCUGAAAUACCCAUGUAUCCCUGGCAACCAUGAAAGUAUCCAAACAGAGGCCCGGCUUCUUGAGAUUCUCGGGGGCCACCCGAGAAUUAUUGCUAGUAAAGGCCUGACGAAGGAUGGCCUUGUUCUCCAGCGCGCUUGGAAUGGAUGUUUGAACGACUACAUCAUAUCACAGCCGACUAUACCGUUCGACAGGCGCUUACUUUGGUGCAAACAAGCUGCCGAAGCAGUCAGCUUUAUACAUGGAAAACAUGUUAUUCACUGCGACAUAAACCUUCGGAAUUUUCUGCUUGAUAAGGAGCUUGAUCUACUGCUCGCAGAUUUCCAGGGAAUGUUGAAAUCGGUUGAUGGCAAAACACUACUGGACGGACUCUCUCGGGAGUGCUCCAAGUCAUAUCUACCUCGGCCCCAUGGGGAUUAUGCCUGUGUGAAGACCGAUCUCUUUGCGCUUGGCUCUGCUAUUUACUUUAUCAUGACCGGACACGAAGUCUUUCCAGAGCUCGAUAGCCUGGAAGAUGAUGAAGAGAUAUUUUCCCGCUUCGAAAAUGAGUUGUUCCCGCUCGACAACCACGCUUGCUACCAUAUCACGGAAAAAUGUUGGAAGCAGCAGUACCGGUCUGCGGAAGAGGUAGUUUCUGACAUAUCUCUGCUUCAAGCCUCCAUGACAGCUGCUGAAUAG